CUCUGUCUCAGAUUCGCUUCAAUCUUCAUUUCUCUCUCAUCAUUCGAUAAGAGAGCCUCUUCUUUCUGAGGAUUGAGGCCUGUUACUGUUAAUCCUCAGCUUCUCAUCCAAUAGAGACCAUGAUUAAGUUAUUUAAAGUUAAGGAAAAGCAAAGGGAGCUUGCUGAAAAUGCAAAUGGGAAGCCACCAGUGAAGAAGCAAAGUGCAGGAGAAUUGCGUCUUCAUAAAGAUAUAAGUGAGUUAAAUCUACCAAAAACAUGUAGUAUAUCAUUCCCUAAUGGCAAAGAUGAUCUAAUGAACUUUGAAGUUACCAUUAAGCCCGAUGAAGGAUACUACUUAGGUGGCACAUUCGUAUUCUCUUUCCAUAUUUCUCCUAUAUAUCCUCAUGAAGCACCAAAGGUUAAAUGCAAGACGAAGGUUUACCAUCCAAAUAUUGACUUGGAGGGAAAUGUCUGUCUUAACAUUCUUCGAGAAGACUGGAAACCUGUGUUGAAUAUUAACACGAUAAUAUAUGGCCUGUAUCAUCUCUUCACGGAACCCAAUCACGAGGAUCCUCUUAAUCCAGACGCUGCUGCUGUGUUGAGGGACAACCCAAAGUUGUUCGAGUCCAAUGUGAGAAGGGCGAUGGCAGGAGGAUACGUGGGACAGACAUUCUUUCCUCGGUGCGUAUAGAGUGAGUCCCUGCCCGGUGCUGUAAGGUCAGAAAGUAUUGUGAAGAAACAUCUCGUGGGUGGAUUCUGCAAUAGAUUGGGUGCGCUUUUUCUUUAUAUCUAUGCAUAAAUGAGACCCUGCAGAAAGCUGUUGAUUGUAUGCUAUGUGAUGACUUAUUUGGGUAAAUUAUUUGUAAGAGAUUCAAAGUUUUUAGACCUCUGCUUGGAUGAAUUUGCUUAUUAACCCUGCUUG